AGGUAUCUGCAGACUUCCAGAACUGGUUCUGUCACAAAUAAAUGGGGCUUAGCCCUAAUUUGUCAGAGAUUUUCUGACAGCAUUUCAGCUACACAUUUUUGUUUCAUUCUCUUCUGCUCUCUGCCUCAGUCUGCAUUUCAUCUUUGUGAAAGACCUUACAGUGCAGAUACGUGAUCAUUUCCUAAGUGUUAGCUCUGACAACCAGGCCCGCAUUGGACUGAUGGGAUUAGCAGAUAAGGAGAGAUUUGCUUAGUGUUUCCUCCUCAACCAGACCCAUUAAUUCUUGGGACGAAAGACUUAUUUCUGCCUAUACCCUUUCACUUGUGCUGGGGAUUGAACCAGGGCAUCCUGCAUGCCAGGUGGGUGCUCUACUACUGUGCUACAUUCUCAGCCCCUGGCUAAUUAGUAAGAAAGAAAAAGGCCAAGCAACUUAGAGAUUUGGGAACACAUCGCACAAACGACGUAUAGUUUGCCUGGUGUGGUUUCUCCAGAUUUUGGUACCCAAAGCAGCAGAACCAGGAUUUAGCAUCUCCCCUCUGAUCACACAUUUCUUACAGCGAGCGUUCUGCACUUUGGAACAUCAUCUCUAUCCAACACCUCCUUGCAGCCCGCCCCCUGGUUCCUUCCCACCCUCUACCUCGCCCCCCCACCCCAGCCUGCGCAUGCGUCCUAAGAACCCCCUACACUCGCGGCACAGGCUGAGAGUAUUGUCGGGGGCUAUUCUCUCUCCCAGGAACAUGGCGGCGAGUCAGGGAGGUGGUGGUAACAGUGGGGGCGGUGGUUGUGUUGGAGGUGGAAGUAGCAGUGGCGGUGGCGCGGCCGGAGGAGGAGGUGGCGGGGCUGGAGGGGGAGGCGGCGGCGGCGGCGGCGGGACCCUGGUGGUGCCUAUUCCGGUACCGACUCUCUUCGGUCAGCCGUUCCCCAAUGGGCCGCAGUGGAACCCGGGGAGCCUGCAGCCUCAACACACCGUGAGGAGCCUGGACCGGGCCCUGGAGGAGGCGGGCAACUCCGGCAUCCUGAGCCUCAGUGGCAGGAAACUCCGAGACUUCCCGGGCAGCGGCUACGACCUGACGGACACCACCCAAGCAGAUCUUUCCAGAAAUCGUUUUACAGAAAUUCCUUCUGAUGUGUGGUUGUUUGCACCUCUUGAAACAUUAAAUUUGUAUCAUAAUUGCAUCAAAACCAUUCCUGAAGCCAUUAAAAACCUGCAGAUGUUAACAUACCUUAACAUUAGUCGAAAUCUUCUAUCAACAUUGCCAAAAUACCUAUUUGAUCUUCCCCUUAAAGUUUUGGUCGUCAGUAAUAAUAAAUUGGUAUCCAUUCCAGAAGAAAUUGGAAAGUUAAAAGAUUUAAUGGAAUUGGAUAUUAGCUGCAAUGAGAUUCAGGUCCUUCCCCAACAAAUGGGAAAAUUACAUUCCCUUAGAGAGCUAAAUAUAAGAAGAAAUAAUCUUCAUGUAUUGCCAGAUGAAUUAGGAGAUCUUCCCUUAGUCAAGCUGGAUUUCUCUUGUAAUAAAGUGACCGAAAUUCCAGUUUGUUACAGGAAGCUGCAUCAUUUACAAGUAAUAAUUUUGGAUAACAAUCCAUUGCAAGUACCACCAGCACAGAUAUGUUUAAAGGGUAAAGUACACAUAUUUAAGUACUUAAAUAUCCAAGCAUGUUGUAGAAUGGAUAAGAAACCAGAUUCCCUGGAUCUUCCAUCAUUGAGUAAAAGAAUGCCCUCUCAGCCUCUCACGGACAGUAUGGAAGAUUUUUAUCCAAAUAAAAAUCAUGGCCCUGACUCUGGAAUUGGAAGUGAUAAUGGAGAGAAACGAUUAUCUACAACAGAACCAUCAGAUGAUGACACAAUCAGCCUUCACUCUCAAGUUUCAGAAUCAAAUAGAGAGCAGACAUCAAGAAAUGACAACCAUGCAAUAGGGAGCAAGCCUGAUUCUCAGAAAGACCAGGAGGUGUAUGAUUUUAUUGACCCCAAUACAGAAGAUGUAGCAGUUCCUGAACAAGGAGAUACACAUAUUGGAUCAUUUGUCUCUUUCCUUAAGGGAAAAGAAAAAUGCUUUGAAAAAUCUCAGAAAAAUGAAGAAUUGGGAAAUGAAAAAAGAGUUGAGAAAGAACAAUUACUUGUAGAAGAUGAUGAUGAUGAUGAUUUGAAGGAAGUAACUGAUUUGAGGAAAAUAGCUGCUCAGUUAUUGAAGCAAGAACAGAAGAACAGGAUUCUUAAUCAUUCAACUUCUGUCAUGAGAAACAAGCUGAAACAAACUGUGGAAUGUGAGAAGAGUGUCUCAGAAGAUGAAGUUAAUUCACCAUUAUCACCCCUUACAUGGCAGCCCUUGGAAAAUCAGAAGGAUCAAAUAGAUGAACAACAGUGGCCAGAAUCUCAACCUAUAAUCUGGCAAAGUGAAGAAAGAAGGCGAAGCAAACAGAUUAGAAAAGAGUAUUUCAAGUAUAAAUCAACGAGGAAGAGUUCAAGUGGCAAUGAAAAUGAUGAGCAAGACAGUGAUAAUGCUAAUAUGUCACCACAAUCUCCAGUAUCAUCUGAGGAAUAUGACAGAACUGAUGGCUUUUCACAUGGUCCCUUUGGCUUAAAGCCUAGAUCAGCUUUUAGCCGCUCAUCUCGCCAGGAAUAUGGGGCUGCAGAUCCAGGAUUUACAAUGAGAAGAAAGAUGGAACACUUACGGGAAGAACGAGAGCAAAUACGACAACUUCGAAAUAAUCUUGAAUCCAGAUUAAAAGUAAUUUUGCCUGAUGACAUUGGAGCUGCACUGAUGGAUGGGGUUGUUCUUUGCCAUUUAGCCAAUCAUAUAAGGCCACGCUCUGUAGCUAGUAUUCAUGUACCAUCACCAGCAGUGCCCAAGCUGAGCAUGGCAAAAUGUCGAAGAAAUGUAGAAAAUUUUCUCGAUGCUUGUAAAAAGUUGGGUGUCUCACAGGAAAGACUCUGUUUGCCUCAUCAUAUUUUGGAAGAACGAGGUCUCGUGAAAGUUGGUGUCACGGUUCAGGCUCUCCUUGAAUUACCUACGACCAAGGCAUCUCAACUUUCUAUGGCUUGAUAAUAUUUUUUUAAAUUAUAAGUGUGUAGUUUCAUUUAUUUGAAGUGAUUUCAGAGAUCUCAAAUUCAUGAAUAAAAAUGUCCUGUCAAAAAUCAUUUGCCUUAGGUCAAGCCUUAGGGUUUUUACAAAACUACAUUAAAACAUCAAAUUGAAACUUUGAAUUGCCCAAGCUUCUUUUGGGGGAAAACUGGAUUAAUUUAAUAAGAGUUUUUGAUAAAGUCAAAUUCUCUUUUUACUGUCAGUUAAUAACCUUGAUUAUUUUUCAAAAAUCAGAUUGAUACUGAAUUUAAAAUAUGUAUCCAAGUUAGUAAUCACAUUAAGUUUAAUUUUUUUACAUCAUAACAUACUAGUAAACAUGUGGAAAACAGUAAUCAUUUUUUAGCAAUUUAAAACAAUUCUAUAUUUGAGUUAUUUAAUACACUUCUAAUUCUAGUUUAUACACAACUUCUUUCAUCUUUGUUCUUAGUUUUCUAGAAAAAAAAUGAGUAGGAAAAAACAGAACUCCGGCAUUAUAUUAAAUUCUUUUAGUAUUAUAGGUUGGUGCCAAACUAUUUUCAGUUGUACUGUAGAUUGUUUACAUGUGAAGUGCCUGUGUAAUUGAUGACUCUUAUAAUAGUCUUAAGCAUUUUUGCAAUUUCUUUUUUGUAUCAAUAGAGUCAACAGAACUUUAAACUAUUUUAGUAGGUUUUGUAAGGUCAAUGCUAUGUGAGGAUUUAAAUGUGCCUCACAUUGUAACAUUGUGGUUUUUUUAGUUAGUCCAUUACAGUUUUCCUUAAAUUGGUUAUUUCAUGUUGUAAAAAAACAAAGCAAAACAAAAACAAAAAAUGUUAAUAUGCUUAAUUUAUGCUAUUUAAUUUUGCAAAACUUAAUCAUUUUUAAAGUGUAUUAUUUGAAGAGUAUUUUAUUUCUGUAUCAAAAAUGUUACACAAAGCAGUAAGAUUUUUGAGAACUAGUGAAGUACUAAUUAUGAAGGACAUUUUGAUAAAACUGCCAAAGUUUGGAUUUGUAUCUUGAUUUUCAGGAACAUUACAUUAGUGCUGCCUUUAGCUAUAUUCAGAGAGCAGCAAUUGAGGACUAAGUUUUUAAUCAAAAUCUGACCAUUUGUGGAUCUCAUACAACUAUGCUCCUCAAUUAACUUGAUGUUGAGUUAACCACAGACCGUUCCAAAAAUAUUUUCAUGAGAUACUGUGUUACACAAAGUCCUUGUUUGACUUAGAGAUGGAAAAAUUUAUGUUGGUAGUAGUGCGGGAAUUUUUCAAAAACAUUACUGUAAUGAAUAAUUCAUUUUCCUAUAAAAGAACCUUAAUUACUUUUGUAGUAGCCAAGCAUCAUAUCUUAAGUAUGUGAUCAUUUGCACUUGUUACCUCUUAAUAUGGAUGCAACUUAUUAAAAAUGUUGGCCUGGGUAUUUCAAAGGGUAUAUAUAAAAGGUAAAAACUAGUGUGCCAAAUGGUAUAGUAAGGGUUGAUUUAGGAACAACUCUACUACUUUUGAUCAGUUGGCAUGAAGCCAUAUAAUUAAAUUUUGGCUUUAGAAUGCAGAUAUUCUUUACACUCCCCAAGGGUCAAAUUGGAGCUUUUAAAGAAGUAAAGCUCCUUAUGACUGUAAGGUUUAAGAAUUAAAUUAUUAGUAAUUUAUUACUUUAAAUAUUUGAGCUAAUUAUUCCUUUUCAGUUGUGUCUUUUAAAAAACACAAAAAACAAACUUCAUUGACAUGAUCUCCCUAGUGAAAACUUAGAUUAUAUAAGUAAGAAAUGGCCAGUACAUACCUUAGUUGAAGAGUCUCUAAUUUAGAAAUUUGACAGUGUUACAAAUUAAGUAACCACCAAAACCUACAGCAGUCAUUCAUAUUUCUUUCAUAGUUAUCAUGCUAUAGAAUUCUUCUUAUUAAUCUAGUAUUAAUUAUUUUACAAGUAUUUUCCUAUUUCAUAUCAUUAAAGGAGUAGUGAAAUCGUAGGCCAUUCCCUUAUUGCAUUUCCCUUGUCAGUUAAUUAUUCCUUUAAAGAGAAAAUACACCAGAAUCUUUUUGCUAAUCAAAAUUCCAAUUAAGGUGGGUCCAUCUGAGGUCCAUACCAUGACAUUUCAUUUAUUGUUGUGUCAGAAGGCAGCACCACCUCUGAAGCAGUUUCACAAGUCCCCGAGGACAACAUUAUACCAAGGUUCUGAUGUAUUUCUUUUAGUAGUUUUUAUGUGUAAAAUUUAUCCUAAAUGUUUUUAUUGUUACUACAUAUUUACUUCAUCAGUUAUUGAAUUAAGAAUGAUUUUCUUUAUUUGAGUGGGUUUGUGAUUUCAUGAGGGUUGACUAAUCAGACUAAAAUUUUUGGACCCUAAAAAAUUCAAUAGAUAGCUCUUUCUGUUUAAUUUUAUGGCUAUGGCACAAGAACGAAGUGAUGUUGGAUAUGUUACAAUUGAAAGAAGGAGUAAAAAUGCAAUGCCAUUUGUUUAAUAAUUAUCUUUAUAGAAUGCUAGUUUAAUGACUUUUAUAACUGAAUUUUUUGAAGAAUUCAGAAAUGUUUGUAUUGCUCACAGAUCUAUCAUAAUGGAUUUUCUGAUGCAUUUAAAAGUAAAUGGACACUAAAUGUAUAUUACCGAUGCAAACUGUGGAUA